UCUGGAUAAGCCUAAAAGCAAAAGGUGAAAGGGUUUGGCGCCGGUUGCCGGUCGCCGGUCGCCGGUCGCCACCUACCCCUCCCUCCCUCCCCUAUAUAUAAAACCCCCCCAUGCAAGCAGAGCCAGGCAACGCAAAGGAAGUGAAGAAAGUGACCAAGAAAGGUUCGGAGGGAGAGAGAGAGAGAGAGAGAGAGAGAGAGAGAAUCGCGAGAGACAAUGGAGGCGGAAGCAGCGAACAAAGAGGAGCAGCAGCAACGGCGUCCCAGCCCGAUUAUGAAGAUGGUGACGGUGGCGGCCAUCGCGGCCGGCGUGCAGUUCGGGUGGGCGCUGCAGCUGUCGCUGCUGACGCCGUACGUGCAGCUGCUCGGCAUCCCACACAAGUGGGCCGCCUUCAUCUGGCUGUGCGGGCCCGUCUCCGGCAUGAUCGUCCAGCCCGUCGUCGGCUACCACAGCGACCGCUGCUCCUCCCGCUUCGGCCGCCGGCGCCCCUUCAUCGCCGCCGGCGCCGCCCUCGUCGCCCUCGCGGUCUUCCUCAUCGGCUACGCCGCCGACCUCGGCCACCUCUUCGGCGACGCCCACGACCAGACCCCGAAGCCCCACGCCAUCGCGGUGUUCGUCGUCGGGUUUUGGAUCCUCGACGUGGCCAACAACAUGUUGCAGGGACCAUGCCGAGCGCUCUUGGCCGACCUCUCGGCGGGCAACCAGAAGAAGACCCGGGCGGCAAACGCCAUGUACUCCUUCUUCAUGGCGGUCGGCAACGUCGGCGGCUACGCCUCCGGCUCCUACACCCACCUCCACAAACUCUUCCCCUUCACCGACACCGCGGCCUGCGACGUUUACUGCUCCAACCUCAAGUCCUGCUUCUUCAUCUCCAUCGCCCUCCUCCUCGGCCUCACCGCCCUCGCCCUCUCCACCGUCCACGAGACCCCCUUGUCGGAGCUCCGCGGCGACACGGCCAGCGACUCGGAGGGCAGUCAGGUUGGGCGCGAGCCGUUCCUAGGGGAGAUAUUCAGGGCUCUGCGAAGCAUGAAGAGGCCAAUGUUGACGCUACUCAUCGUGACCUGCCUCAACUGGAUCGCGUGGUUUCCUUUCCUGCUGUUCGACACGGAUUGGAUGGGACGGGAAGUCUAUGGAGGGAAGGUUGGCGAGGGGAAGUUGUACGGGAUGGGGGUGAGGGCCGGCGCGCUGGGGUUGAUGCUGAACUCCGUCGUCUCGGGGUUCAUGUCGCUGGCCAUCGAAUACUUGGCGCGCGGGGCUGGCGGCGUGAAGAGGCUCUGGGGGGUGGUGAAUUUCCUGUUGGCUGUGUGCUUGGGUUUGACCGUUUUGGUCACCAAGCUGGCCGAGUCGCAGCGGAGGUUCCCGAGCGUCACGCACGGAGGUGGUGGCGGCAGCAUCGUGGAUAGCGCAGCCUUGCCUCCGCCAGCGGGGGUGAAGGUCGGUGCUUUGGUGCUUUUCGCAGUGCUGGGCAUUCCGCUCGCUGUCACUUGCAGCGUUCCUUUUGCUCUGGCAUCGAUAUUCUCCAAUACUUCCGGUGCAGGUCAAGGGCUAUCUUUGGGGGUGCUGAAUCUCGCCAUUGUCGUUCCACAGAUGUUGAUAUCGGUGACGAGCGGACCAUUCGAUGCUCUAUUCGGAGGAGGCAACUUGCCGGCGUUCGUGGUCGGAGCAAUCGCCGCGGCUGCGAGCGGCGUUCUCGCCCUAACCCUGCUGCCAUCUCCACCUCCCGACGUCUCUCCAUCACCCAAACCUGCAAACGUCUCGAGUGCCAAAUGAUGUUUUACAUUAACCCUCUCUUUACCAUAUCUCUCUCUCUCUCUCUCUCUCUCUCUCUCUCUCUCUCUCUCUCUCUCUCUCUCUCUCUCUCCUAUGUCAGAAAAACUCUAACAUGAUGAUGAAUCGUGGGACACAAAAGGGAAGGCCGAAACAGGCCACUUUUGGGGCCACAUCAGGGGCAACUGCAAAUGAAAUUAAGCUUGUUCCAUCCAUUGAAAUCAAGAUGAACUUGUGCUA